AUGGCGAAUAUCCGUGGGCUCCAAAGCUUUCUGGACCAGGCCUCGCGGCUGGGUCUUGACGUCUCUUUACAAAAGGUGGACAAGAACAUCAGCCACGUGUUUACUAGCCUCUUCACCACCAUGAAGACAGAGGAGUUGAACCGCUACCGGGACACGCUGCGCCGUGCCAUUCUGCUGCUCAGCCCGCAGGGGGCGCACUCUUUCAUCAACGAGGCAGUGGAGACCAACCUGGCUUCCAAGGACAGCCACUGGGUCUUUGUGAAUGAGGAAAUUAGUGACCCCGAGAUCCUGGACCUGGUCCACAGUGCCCUGGGCAGGAUGACCGUGGUCCGACAGAUCUUCCCAUCUGCAAAGGACAACCAGAAAUGCAUGAGGAACAACCACCGCAUUUCCUCCCUGCUCUGCGACCCCCAGGAAGGCUACCUCCAGAUGCUACAGAUCUCCAACCUCUACCUGUAUGACAGUGUUCUGAUGCUAGCCAACGCCUUCCACAGGAAGCUGGAGGACCGGAAGUGGCACAGCAUGGCAAGCCUCAACUGCAUACGCAAGUCCACCAAGCCGUGGAAUGGAGGGAGGUCCAUGCUGGACACAAUCAAAAAGGGCCACAUCACUGGUCUCACAGGGGUGAUGGAGUUUCGGGAGGACAGCUCGAAUCCCUACGUCCAGUUUGAAAUUCUCGGCACAACGUACAGUGAGACCUUCGGCAAAGACAUGCGUAAG